CCAGAGACGCCGCUGUAGCCACUCCCAACGCCCGGCGGACCCCGCACUCUCAAGUCCAUCCACAGUCCCAUUCACAGAGCUCAGAUCCGGAUGAUAGUCCCGUCAUCCGGCCUCAUCCAGAACUGCGGAUCCGAGACAAAGUGUCGGAACAGCGGAGAAGGACUAGAGGAGCUCCCGAUCCGGGAAAUCACCUCCGGGAUCAUCUGAAGAGGAUCUGGGACGAGAGGGAGCAGCUCAGUCGGAGAUAAAGAGGUAAAUGAGGCACUUUCAGACACGCGUGGAAGGAUUAAAAGAGUGAAACACGACAUCUUUCCUCGUGUUUUGGUUUUACUCGGUGUAGUUUCACACUUUGUCCAAGUUUGUCUUCCAAAGUUAACUUCAUGAAGUUUCAGACCGCCUUCCUCCAAACUCAUUCAUUUCUGCUCUCGGAGGGGGUUGGGAGUUUCUUUAAGAAAGAAAAUCUUUGAUUUUUUUUGGAUGGUGGAUCUGCAGAGUCCGGGUUUUUGUGAGUUUGGACCAGGACUCCUCAGACUAAGACUUCUGAACCAAAUGUAGAGAAACGUGCUCGUUAAUUGUCCACAUCUGCAGCUUUGAGCCUCGUCUUUGUACUUGAGGAGAGUCAAACCACUGCAGCCCACUCUGAAGAGUUCACUCUAGUGUUUUUUUUCACGGUGUAGUGAUAUCUAAAUAUGCCUCUUUUCUCCUGUGCACAGAGUGUUUUCUGCUAAACUAACAGCCGUGCACAGCUGAACAAAGUGUGGAUGUCCAGUCCUCAGCAGAAAACUCUAAACUUCACUUUAAGAUCAUCUGAUUUUAAUCAAAUUACAUCCAAACUUUGAAAACACUUGGACAGAGAGAAAAAACCAAGGUCAGCCUUCAGACCUGGUAAACAGACAGAGGGGGGUUAACCCUCCAGUACCCCCGACAUUUUCAUCCUGCUGACUGGAAUAAGUGACUGUACUGCAGGAACUGAAUGAAUAAAACUAUUCACCUCCUCAAGUCUGUGAGUAACAUCUCAGAGGUGACCUGCUUCUGCUCUGCUGGGAUUCAGUUUAUACAGGAAUACAUGAUGGGUGGAAAAAUAACGCUGUGUUGGAGAAACUACAAGUAGACCAAAAACACGGGGUUAAAAUCAGCUCGUAGUUUGUCUCAAAGUUUGUCAGUACAUGUGAUAAUGUGUGUGUGUGUGUGUGUGUGUGUGUGUGUGUUUAAAAGUUUGUAUUUGUGGCAGGGUUCUGGGUUUCUAAGCCAUGAGUCAAGGCUGUGGAAACUGCUGAUUCUGCUCCGUCUUUUACCUCGACUUAAACUUUUCCUCCUUUUCUCUUCUUUGCCUGAAGACAUGAAGUCCGAGUGUUUCCACGCAGACAAAGAUGUAUUCAGAGUUUUUCAGAGAACAGGAAAUCAAUAGAAAUGUACUGCACAGUUUGUUGUAAAGCUGCUAGUUUGUCUCUUUGGUUGAACUUUGAUGGAUCUCUGUCUCUCCACCUCUGAACUCAGAACUUUGAAUCUUCUACGUCUGCUCAUGAACUCGCAGGAUCAGAUGACUUUCUUACUUUUAAAGGAUUGUGUCUUUCCUUUUGCGGUUUUCACAAAUAUGUCCCGCCUCUGUUGGCCCGAGUCUCAGUCGAGGGAACCAGAUGGGAACUUUAUUACAGGCGCUGAUCAAACAAACAGUGAUGUAAGCUGACUGUGAGAGGGAGUGAGUACAAGCUUUCAGAGUUUCAGAUGGACUCCUUGAAAAAGUACCAACCGUUUAGCUCAGACUUGGACGGCAGCAGUGAGGGGGGCUGUGAAUCGCUCUAGUAGCUCUCUCUCAGCCAACAGUGAGUUGUGCUGCUGCUUCUUGAAAUGGACAAAAACCUCUUCAUGAACACCUUGGUCCUUGGGGUGAGAUGCUGGGGGUCUAAUGAGGUGUGUCUAGAGGACCAAAGUCCCCGAGCCAGCGCCCCGGGGAUGAAUGGUGUUUGCACUUGUCUGCCUGUGCAGCUUAGUGUAGUGAGGCGUGUGUCUUGUGUUAGCUCUGAAUCAACACAUUAGACAGGGUCACACAUGUGCAGUCCCUCUGACUGGACCAUGGAGAGCCUUCUGAGAGAGAAAAUGGGUUUGCAGUGUUUAUCUGAGGAUGUUUAUCUGAGGUCUGUUUGAGGUGUCACUUCUUUGGAGGAUGGUACUGAAUUUUAACGCCUCAGCUUCGAGUUAACCUGAUUCUAUCUUACUGCGUAUAAUUAGAGUUGAAAGGGUCUGAACCGACACAGUCCAAAAUAUCAAACUUUCAGCCCGACUCUUGGUCACCCCUCUGAGUUACAGUAGUAACUCUGCUCACUGCUGCUUUGUUCGGUCCAGUACUGCUGCUUUCUAUAUUCACUUUGGAAACCCGAGCCAAACCCAGUGUUAGACUGUCUGUUGUGUCUUGUAAUACUGAUAGAGAUGAUAACUGUUCAGGGUUCCCUCUGGCUUUUAUUCAGUGAUACCGACUGUGUCGAUCAUACGAGUCUAAAACUCUAUAAGAGGCGUUUACUUCAAACAGCAGCACCCUCUACUAUACAAGGCAAAGAGGUUCAUUCAGAUCUAAAAGGAUUCGAACUAAAUGUCUGAACUUUUGUUCAGAUCCUUGAAGAAGAAAAAAAUAAAAUGUCUUUUUGUUCAGAGAAAACAGGAUUUUUAUCUCGACUCACUGAUUUCAGCAGAUCCAUCAAAUAUCUGUAACCCACUGUUAUUGCUGCCAAAGAGAACAUCCAUGUCCUGAUACAACGUUUUUAUUUCCGAUACAAUACCGAUAUCGUAGCCUUCAUUCUUGGCAUUUACUGAUAUUGAUACGAUAUUGGCACAAACUUGUACAUGACAAGUUUUGCAUUCAGCUGUUUUCUUUUUCGGACUUUAAUGAAAAACUAUACUUCCACACGGCCGACAUCACUCCUACUCCUCGCCUCUUUAUUCGUACCUGAGUACACUGUUGUUGUGAUCAGGUGGGCUCUGCAUGCUGGACUUAGACAGAGGUUCUGGAUCAGAGCCUGGAAUGGACUGUUGGUAUCGGAGUGCUGAUAUCGGCAGUUUUCGAUGCAGACCUUUGUAGGCCGCUAUUCGUUUUUUGGCUGAUAUCAAUAUAUCAAUAUCAGAUCUAUUGUUUAGAUAAGUCUAAACAAUAGAUUUUUUUCUUUCUGUUUAUGUCGGAGUGUUUUUGAAUAAACUCAGGACGAGUCAGAACAUCUGCGUAAGAAAAUCAAUGACGUGUGUUCACACCACACCAAAUGAGAGCAUAAAUGACAGAGUUAAUACUGGGACAAGAACAGAGUGAGAGCGCUGACCAUGAGGAGGGAAAUAUGAGCGACUGAACCGACUGAGAUGACUGAGAUUCGUUUCUCUUCUGGUUUAAUAGAAUUGCACCUCUUUCUUUCUGCUGCUGGCUUCAGGAAAAAUCAGUGUUUUCCACAUUUGCUUCACUUUUAAAACCAAGUGGGCCCGUCUGUUCAGUGAGCGUUCUGACCUUUGUGGAGAACUGACAGCUAGAGUCCAAAACGGCAGAAGCUGGUGUAGCUUCGUAGUUCUGACUGUCGCUGUUAUUAAACUCCUCCAAGAAGGAUCUCCUCUGAAGAAGAUGGAUUUCACUGAAGAGAGAGGGACUGAUGGUUGGGCCACAUAAUGGCGUUUUGAAUGAAUGGAGAUCAGCUGAUAUCGGGGCCCAUAAGGCCAAUUAAAAAACUCCCGUCUGUAAACACUGCAAACAGCCUCAUUAGUGAGGAAACAUCCACAUCCUCGUCGAUGAUAGAGGUGAUUGAUGAAUGUUUGACAGUGUACCCUGUUAGGAUCAGGAGAAUAAUGGGGUUUGAUAUUUCCCUCAGCAUAAAUAUACAUAAAUAUUCCAGAUUUCAUUUAAACGUGUUUCUGUCUGAGAACAACAUGGAUAUUCCAUACUGGUACACAAAGAAUUAGGGCUGCACCUGACGAUUAUGUUUUUAUCGAUUAAUCUAUCGAUAAAGUUUUUUACUAACCGAUUAAUAUAUCAAUUAAUUAACCAAAAUAAAAAAAUAAAAACUUGUCCUGUUAGUAUUUAAUUCAAUGAUUUAUUCAAGAAUCUCUUAAAAUCAAACAAAACAAAAAUAAAUCAUUUUAAUCAAAGUUUUUUUUUAUAUUCACAAAGAACCUAACAUUGUUUUAUAUCUUAUCUAAAGUCAGCUGUAACUAACUCUUGGUCACUUAGUGCUGGGCGACAAACUGUGAACCUCAGUUCACCAUUUUCAGGUAACCAGCCUGAUAGAUUAUUGUUGCUUAGCAACCUCCUUUAACAGGUGUGUGUUCACCUGACUCAUAGCUACAGUGACUGUCAAGUAACAGUAAAUAACAAUCAGGCGUUUUGAACCGGGGUCAGCUGAAACAGAAUCUGACUGAAGUGUCACCGUAUCUAAAAAACUACAUCUAUACAGUUUGUCAGUCAGACUCACUGAUGAGGAGCAGAGAUUCAUGAUGUCUCUGAUCUGAGCUGUUCCAGUAGUUCAGUGAGCUCAGUGAGAAACUGUUUACAGUAAGAAGCUGUUUAAGAGGAGAGUUAAUGAGGACCCUCACAGUGAAAAUAUCAGACCUUCAUUCCCCUCAGGCCUCGUUUUCUCUUUAAGUUUUCUCGUGUGCUCGGUGGAUUAAUGGUCGGCUGCUCCUUUGUCAGUAAAUUUCCAGCUGUAUGCUGAUGUUCUGAGCAGAUCAGCCUGUCUCUGCUCUUGCGUAUUGUAAAUACAGCUCUGUGUUUGUUUGGGUUUGGGGUUUAUGAUUAAACCUGGCGGCGUUGUUGUUUGGCAUGACGACUCUCUUCAACAUGCAAAUGUGUGCAGAGAUCAACAGAGAGCCGACACGCUCCGAGUUUGGAGUUAUUCUGGGGUUUUUCCACUCAUCUUUACCUUUUGGGAACUCUGUAUUUCCUGAAGCGUGGGUCACUUUCUCAGGCAGCUGCUCCCCCCUUUACUCUCCUCUAAACCGCUCUGCUGGUCUGUCCUGGUCUGCUCUCUGGCACAGCCCCACACCCCGCUGCUGCUCCAUUAGGGAGGGCUUUAAUCUCCAUCAGUGCCAGCAGCCUGGUGUUGUGACUCCUCUGCCCCGUGGCAAGGCCAGCGUGAUCUGUUGGGAAUCGACUACUGCGCUGCAUAAAAGACUUUUAUUAUCAUGUGUUUGCACACGGACGCCUCUGUGUUCUCAAACAACCACUGCUAAGGUAGAAUGACGCCAAUCGUCUGUCAUCAGGGCUCACACAAUACCCAUUUGCCUUCUCACAGACCACAUGUCAUGACAAGCUGGCUCUGCUGAUUGCAAUGAUGAUAUUGACCAUUUGAAAAUUGAUGGCCACUCCAGGCUGCUCCUUUCAUUUAGUCCAUGCAAAAACAAAUAUGUAAAACAAAUAACAGCUGGUGUAUUGGCCCAGCGUCCUGUGUUUGAUGGGUUUGCUCGUGUGGCUGUUGACUCCUCUCUGUGCUGAAGAACAGGACGGAGCAGCGCCGCAGCCUCGGCCUGUGAAUAAUAAAUGCACAUUUAAUGUUUCUUUUUGCCGUCACUUCUUCCCUCAGAGCCUGACCUGGCUGCGAAAUCUAGGUCAAAGUCAGAGUGGCAGAGGAAAGCAUGUCUCGUAAUAUUGUUUGUGACAUGGACUGAAAUCCCGAGCGCAGCCCCCACAUCACUCUCAGGCUUUUGAUGAUCAAAUCUCUAUCGUGUUCGUUUCUAUGUUCAGCAACUUCAUUUGCCUAAAAACAGCUUUUUAAUCUGUGGGAAUUAUAGAUGAAGCUCUGGUUUCAGAUGUUAUUCAGUGACUUGUACUGUGUGUUAUAUGUGGAAUCAGACAGUGACUCAGUCAUGUUUGAAAACGCUCUGCUCCACUGUGCCAGCUCAGCGCACGUUGCGUGACACCAAGGAGAGGGGGUUCGAGCAGAUUAGUGCCACAGCAGGUAUUAUGUUCGGUCUAAAUUGCUGAUAUCUCAGAUGUAUUAGGGCAGACAGUCUGACACAGACGAUCUCUAACCCCGGUCCGAGCAUAACGCACGGUUCAACUUUAUAAAUCAGAAUAUUGAUUAAAAGGAUGUUUUUCUGACGCUAAGGGUCAGCGACGUUAUACCCUCAUCUGCCAUGGCGUGGACACGACUCUCACUCUGGGUGCAGCCAGAUCACAUUUUGCAACAUCACUGAGAUUUAGGUUUGAGAUUAAAAGCAGCUAAACCUGGUGGUGCUUACCUUCUAUCAUGCAUCAGGGAGAUUUAAUCAAUGCAAAUGCAUCAGAGAGAUUGAUGGAGUGACAGAUUUAAUCCAGUCUCUGUGAUUCCUCAAAGGUUCCUGCAGCGGUUGUUAUUUUAUUCCAGUACAGCGUCUUAAUUUAGAAAAAGGUCGAGUAAAACCGUCACUUUUUUUGUUGAAAUGAUGUUUUUAUUACGGGACAGACUGACUCGGACUGACUCAUGUCUCUGCGACUCAGCAGUGAAGAUAAUCCCCUGGGUUUAAUCAAGGCUGUCAGGUUUUCUCUCUCUCUGGAUUCAGUUAACAGUGAACAGCAGGCACAGACUCUCAUUAAUGAGACUGUGUCACUGACUGCCGAGAAACCAGCUCCAGAUCUGGGGUAGUGGGUUAGAGGAGCUGAGGGUAUCUGGUGUUGAGGCUGCAGACAGGUACAGUAUGUUGGUGCCGUGGUCAGACAGGCUCUCAGGUCAUGUGGACACAUCUAGAUGUUCUCCCCUGGGUCACACAGAGAAUUGAACAUCUGCUCUCUCUGAGGUCUAGACAAGGUCCUUUAAAACUCGGGUCUGAUGACCAGAUCCUGAACCUUCGUGUUGCACUUCCUUCCAGACAGAGAGUUUUUGAGGUGAAUGAUUGCCCUACAGUCACGUCAUUGUCAUUGAUUGGUUACCGUGCCACAACCUACAGUGUCUGGAAACCUGACGGCGUGCACCAGUGGUGGAGUUUUUAAAUGUACGAUAUUGUAGGAUUCAGACUGUUUCUCUCUCCGUUUCUGUAGUUAAAUGAAAAUGCGUCUCUUUGCUGAGUUUCACUGUCGAAUACUGGAAUGUUGUUGGAAAGAAGGAGCUUUAUGAAGCCCCUGCAGCGAGCAGCAUAUGGUGGAGGAUCACAGAGCAGGUGUAUCUGUUUCAUCCCUCAGGAGAAUCAGCGACGACAUUAAAAAGGAAAUAACUUGAUUUAAAACUCGCUUCAGACAUCCAGAGCAGCUGCUGGAGACGAGACAUCACUGCAAGUGUUUUGGCAGAAUACCAUCAGAGAGUAUACCGCAGUAUUAAGUUAACGUUAAAACCUUUCCCCACACCGCCCUGCUUCAUACGUUUACCAGGAUGGAGCUGUUGGUGUCUUUGCAGCAGAUUUGUCGCUGCACUAGUUUGCAUCUCUUGAUUUUGCUCUGAUAAACACUCCCAAUGUUAUAGAAACGGGUUUCAAACAAACGCAUAUUCUUCUUCUUCUCAUGAACCGUUGGAGGUUACAAUUUUAACCAGAGUAGAUAAGACAGCUAACCAGAACAUGGCCGGAGGACAGCGGUACCACGCCCUGCUAACAUGAGCCCACGCUGAGUCUCCAGUCCUCCGUAUCUUCACAGACCGCUCUAACUUCACCAAGAAAAUACAAAAACUCUGAUAAACUCUGAUCCAUGUUCAGUUGGUGUCUGAUGUCUCUUUUCCCCCAUGAUGACUCAUCUAAACUUGUUCUUCUUCUCUGCUGUGAAGCCGUAGCGGUUGGCAAACACAUAAUAUUUAUCCUUUCUGUGUCUGAGUUAAAGGUCAGUGUUUGGGUCGGACGAGGAACUGUGCUGUCAGACUGGAACACUGACUUGGAUACUUGCUGAUACUCAGGAUCAGCCCACGGUUCUAAUCCUGGACUCUUACUCAUGGUUUUCGGUUCUGUUGGUUCUGUUGGUUCUGUUGGUUCUGUUUUUAGUGCUGGUGGAGGUCUUGGAAAACCUCAUUUACAGCUGCGAACCCUUUUUUUUCCUAAAGCGAAAGAACAUUUCACAUUUUUCGACCGUCUCUCCUCUCUGUCUUGGCCCACCUUUCACUCGGAGCGUGAGCGUGAGCCACUUUGGAGCUGGAGUGUUGCCUCCUACCAAGACCCGAGAGACUUCUUUAUGGGCCAAUAACAUGGUGCCCUGCAGGGGAACAGAAGCCGGGGAAACGGUAAAGUGGAGGUCUACACAGGAGAUCAUUUCUUCAGGAACGUCCUGCUGCUGUUAUGUUGGUGCUAAAAGUCGAUGUGACGGCUGAAAGAGUUCUGCAUCAAAGACGGAGUGAUGAGUUCUCCUGUUUGUCCUUCGAUCCGUUUGUUCUUCCUGAAAUAUCAACAACGUACGACGUCUGUGAGUGACGAGUCAGCUGUUUGUGUUCAGGUCAUUCAGACUGAAACUGUCGGAUAAGUUGAUGAAGGUCUGGGCGAUUAUGUGAUCGUGAUCGAUGAUCGUGAUAAAUUUCAGUUCGAUCACGGUGAUCAGCUGAGAGCGUAUUUACUCCAUCAAACAUGGUGGAAGUGUGCGUCACAACAGCCAAUCAGAGUCGAGCUUUUCCUGCUCACUUCUGUAAGUUUGUCAGUAAACAGGAAACUGAACGUGGAGCUAAACUCGGCGCUGAGGGCAGCAGAAUAGAUGUGAGCCGUGACUUUGAGUUAUUCUCUAAAGAUGUUUUUGUUGAGAAGUUAUUUCUGUAGUCGUGUGUCGGUGGUUCAGGUGUCUCCAAAGUGACGUAGAGCCAUUAAGCCGAUGUGUAAGGUAUGUCGGCGAUCUGUGCCUCAAAAACAGGCAACACAACAGAUCUGUGAGGUCGUUUGAAAAACUUCCUGGAUGAUUAUGUGGAAAACAAACCAAAGCAGCGAUCAAUUAUAUCAUCUACGUUUACAUCAUCUGAUGUUUUAAGGUGUCUUUAUAUCUCUGAGGGGACAUCUGUUUAUUUUGGGUCUAUUAUACCUGCAGAAACACUCAGGACUGUAAACUAGUUCCCUGUGUUAUUUAAUAUUUAUCUACUUCUGUUGAACUCUUAAAAUGGUUUUUAUAUUUUUCUAAGUGUAUCUUAUUUAAUUUGUUUAAUGUUAUGUUAAUGUGAUGUUAUUAAAAUGUUGAACUAAUCUUUAGUUUCUUUAGUUUUUAGUUCAGAUGCUUUAAAACAGGCAGUUAAAAAAAAUCGUGAUAAUAAUCGAGAUCGGACGAUAAGACUAAAUAUAUCGUGAUCUUUUUUUCGUGAGGCCGAGGUUUCUGAGUUGUCGAGUUAAUUCUGGUCUCUCUUCAUUUCUAUCCUCUGAAACAUGGAUGAGCUUUUAAAAAUCAGCUGUGCUGUAUUUUUUAUUCUGUACCGACCAGCGUCUGCCUGUGGUUCUACAAAUGAGACAUCUACACUCCUGGAGCAGGGAACAAUAGAUAAUUACACGGCCUCAUCUGUCUGUCACAACAGCACACAAUGACAGUGGGUUUUUAGCACAGCAAAGCCCUGAUUCAAGGCCCUGAAUGUAUCCCAGGCCCCUCUUUUAUCCGGGAACUAUAGCGCUGGGAUUACUGUCCCAAAGGAGAUAGGAGGCAACACUGGGCUGAAAAACUGCCACCCCCAGCAGGGUCUUUGUCAUGGUCCGCUCCAGCCCAGAUCCUUUAUCGGCCCUGAAUAUUAUAGCGCUGCACCGAGCGAGCAAAACCCUCGGGAAAGUGUGAAGCAGUCGGCUGAUUGUGGCGCUCGGUCUUUGAUUGAUAAGCAGCUCUUAAACAGGAGCAGAUUCCAGAUGAGCAGACGCUCCGAGGUCAGGGGCAAAGUUCUCCACUUAUGUAACUGCCUGAGGGGGAAAAAGCUCGAACAGCCAAUCAAAGGGCCCCGCUCCCCCUGGAGUCUGACCACUGCUGUACAAACAUGUGGACCCAGGAGUUUAUUUGAACGGCUAAGUUUAGGACUGUUUAUUUUCUGAACAGAGAAUGCCUCUUGGACUUCACAUGUGCUGGAGAACAAACCGAAAACGAGGGUCUAAUAGGUGAAAUCAAACGGUUCCUCAUCAUAAUGAAACAGCAGAUCCUGACAUGAUCCGGUCUUUAAGGAACAUGUAUAUUAAUACGGAUACAUCUAUAUUAAUACGGCUACAUCUAUAUUAAUAUGGUUACAUCUGUAUUAAUACGGCUACAUCUAUAUUAAUAUGGUUACAUCUAUAUUAAUACGGCUACAUCUAUAUUAAUAUGGUUACAUCUAUAUUAAUACGGCUACAUCUAUAUUAAUAUGGUUACAUCUGUAUUAAUACGGUUACAUCUAUAUUAAUAUGGUUACAUCUAUAUUAAUACGGCUACAUCUUUAUUAAUAUGGUUACAUCUAUAUUAAUACGGUUACAUCUAUAUUAAUAUGGUUACAUCUGUAUUAAUAUGGUUACAUCUAUAUUAAUACGGCUACAUCUAUAUUAAUAUGGUUACAUCUGUAUUAAUACGGUUACAUCUAUAUUAAUAUGGUUACAUCUAUAUUAAUACGGCUACAUCUAUAUUAAUAUGGUUACAUCUGUAUUAAUACGGUUACAUCUAUAUUAAUAUGGUUACAUCUACAUUAAUACGGCUACAUCUUUAUUAAUAUGGUUACAUCUAUAUUAAUACGGUUACAUCUAUAUUAAUAUGGUUACAUCUGUAUUAAUACGGUUACAUCUAUAUUAAUACGGCUACAUCUAUAUUAAUAUGGUUACAUCUAUAUUAAUAUGGUUACAUCUGUAUUAAUAUGGUUACAUCUAUAUUAAUAUGGUUACAUCUAUAUUAAUAUGGUUACAUCUAUAUUAAUAUGGUUACAUCUGUAUUAAUAUGGUUACAUCUAUAUUAAUAUGGUUACAUCUGUAUUAAUAUGGUUACAUCUAUAUUAAUAUGGUUACAUCUAUAUUAAUAUGGUUACAUCUAUAUUAAUACAGUUACAUCUAUAUUAAUAUGGUUACAUCUAUAUUAAUACGGUUACAUCUAUAUUAAUAUGGUUACAUCUAUAUUAAUACAGUUACAUCUAUAUUAAUAUGGUUACAUCUAUAUUAAUACGGCUCUUCCACGUUUGCAUGCUUGCAGUCUUUAUUCUCGCUGACUUUGCCGAGUCAUUGUUUAACGGUCACCAUCUCUCCUGUCAGCACAACAGUGUAAAACCAGUGACAGGGUUGAUUACAUGUAGAGAAAACACGGCUCCACAGCGCCCCCAGUGGUCAAAACCUCCUCAGUAUAAACUUUCUUUAAUGUUUUUUUUUUCCUUCCUUUUUAUUUCCGUACAGGGGCGACACCCACAGCCAACAUGGAGGUGAAAACAUCACUUCUGGACAACAUGAUUGGGGUUGGUGACAUGGUCCUCCUAGAGCCCCUUUCUGAAGACUCAUUCCUGGACAACCUGAGGGACCGCUUUGACCACAACGAGAUCUACGUAAGUCUACUGUUUGAUUUUCAGAGAUGGUGCUGUCAGCGUGCAGGACUGUUUGAAAUGAGACUUCUCUGUUGGGUUCUACUCUCUUAGACCUCCUGAAGGAAACGUGAUGAUACUCUUCGUAUCUCUACUGUUUCUCCUCUCUCACAGUCACUUUGCUCUUGGCUGUUCGAGUGGCACAGAUUCAGGGACCGCAGUAACCAGCCAAUCAAUAAAUCAGAUCUCUGAGGAAUGUAGAUGAUGCCUCCAAAUGAGGCAUGAAAUCCAGAGCUCAGGGACAAGGAGGGACUUGGGGAUCAGCUCUGUAUCUGUCUGUAUCAUCCCCACAUCAGGGCUCUGUACUCGGUCACUCUGUGUUUCCUCUGAUCUUCACGUCAGCCAUGAUGAUUACUGCUCUGCUGUGGUUACUGUUCAGGGUCCAAAGCAUGAUGUCACCUCAUGCAGCCCACAUCCUUGUGAGGAACCGUGUUUGCAGAUCUGAUGGCCUCAGUUUUCAGUUUGAGUCUCUAAACUCUGAGCGUCUUCUUUCCCGUGGUGCUGACCCAAAGGUUGUUAGACUGGUUACUCCUGCCAAGUCUCGCCUUUUUCAAGCGCACGCCCUUCCAAGUGAUGUUUCCAUUGUGCUGGCACAGAAUCCUCAUAUUUCUGAGGUUACCUUGUGAGUGAAGAAAGGUUGUAUUUUUAGAAGGUUGCUCACAUGAGUUGGAGUUUAUAAUGGAAGCAUUUUUGGUGGCAAACGUUGACGUCACCUCAAGAGUGAGGACCAGAGACGGCGCUGAGGCCUGUACUUAUCCAAUAAAUCUGUGGUGUACAAUCCUCGCAUGCAAAUGCAUUUUCCCCUCAUGUGGUAUCAGUCACUACAAAUGGCCCCAACCCCCACCCCGAACUCUCAGAUGACAGCUCAGAGGAGAAGAAACAUGGCUUUGUUUCCAGAGGGACAGGGCAUCAUGUUUCCAAUAACUCUGGAGAAUCAAAGAGAACGAAAAUCUGCGUCUGCUGUCGACUCGCUCAGCCUCUGAGCAGAGAGUGAAUGAAUGAAUGAAUGAAUGAAUGAAUGGAAGUAAGAGGGAGGCGCUCAUUUGUUCUUGUCUCUGUUAUUUCAGGCGUUGAAUAUGUUGUGAUGAAGAAGUCAUAUCCGAGCCCCCCACCCUGAUCCGGGGUCCUGAGUAACAGCAGCUGCAGCAGUGAUAUAACUCUGUCCUCUUCAGAUGUAACAAUAGAUGGAGUUUAGUCGUCAAAACAAAUCGAUAAAUACAUGAAAUAUUCACAGCAUGCUGGUUGUUGCAGUAUUUUCAGUCAGUAAAUAGUAAAAGUAGAAAGUUGAAUGUUCCUGCUGAACUCAGCCAGAGAAACGAUGAACAGGCCUGGAGACGGAAACCUUCCAGCAGGACUGAAGGAAGAAAACUGGAGCCUCACUGAAAACCCGCUUCACUUUCUGUAUCUGCAUCCAUCUUUAGCCACCAGGUCUCUAAAUUUUCGACGUUUCUCUGACCUUUCUGACCUUUCCAGCUGGUUGGAAUUUAAAUGUCAGUUUGGAGGACUGGGGAAUUCAUUUCUGUGAGUCUUUGGAAACUGCUCUGCAUGACAGAAAUACCAACAUAUCAGUUUUUUAUAAAACAGUCACUCUGUCUGUUUUUACUUCUAAAAUCCUCGUGUCAAAACCAAAGAGCUGCACUAAACAAGCUUUCAUGACCAUCACUGACCAAUAUCACAUCAGGAGUUAAUGAUGAGGAAGAUCCAGAAGGUAAACCUGAGAAAGAGCGUGGAUGAGAGUGGAUGAAGGAGUUUUUAGUGGACAUUAAAGAGGAUUUUCACUCAGAGAAGGUGAAGAAAUAAAAAGAAAACACUGUGGUCAGUGGUCGUGUACAUUAUCAAUCUCUGCUAAUAAGCAGAGUUUAUAUCACUGGUAUCCUGUCCAACCGUCUCUGAGGGAGGAGUCCUCUGCUCGUUGUUGUUGUGGGCGGGUCCGAGAAAGUAAGAGGAGACGGAAACAUGGAGCAAGUUUCACUCGUUUCCUGUUUUUUUUUAAUUAAUAAUGGACUCCAGCUGCUUCUUGACCGAAGGAAGGAUGACUGUACAUCAGGAUUACUUGUGUCUUUUGAAUUAGUGGUUAAAGUUGUUUGUUGUGUCACAGUUGUCGUCCAAGGAGCCGGUUGUUUUCAGCGCUCCGACCUCAUCCAUGUGAACAGCCUCCUGAUGGUGUGUUUGUCUGUUUUGAUUCUGCUGCCUCUCAUUUCCACGUGAUGGCUGUUUACACUCUCCCUCCUCCUCCACACUUGAAAAGGCCUCGUUCUGCCUGUUGUUGGGCUGUUGAACGAGAGGCUGUGGGAGGUUGUGGUGUUGCCACAGGGAAGGCCGUGCUCCACUCCUGUCAGAGUGGGUUACGCAACAGCCAUUACCAUGGAGAGCAGAGCAAUGUUUCAGGUUGAUGUUUGAGAGUGUGAUCAGGGCUUUGUUUGGAGUGUAGGAGGAGGAGGAGGAGGAGGAGGAAGAUGAUGGCUGCUUACAUCUGCUCUCAGAGAUCUAGUGUUAUCUGCUGAUGUUACAUAAAGGUGGACGACCUCUAAAACAUGUCAGCCCACGGCUCCUGUGUGGUUUUAAUCUGUGUUCAUGUUUCAGGAGCUGCAGCAGAGAAGAAGAUUCACACUGAUUCAGACUUUCACAUGUUCUGACACUGACUGACCCCCUCUGACAGACGAACCUUGACCUCUGUAGAGUCUGGAGUUUACCGCCACCAUAAACUUUCCUCCGUCUGACUCCGGGCGCUGCACGCCUCAACAAUGCAUUCUGAGCACUGAGCAGAGAACAGCUGACUGCGGCGAAAUUCCUCCCUCUGCAACAUGACGGUUAACACCUGAGUGGAGCGAGAGGAGAGAGAACAGAGUCUGUUUCUCAGCAGUCCAUGGUUUUUACACUAACGCUUGUUUCCUCUCCUCCUCCUCCUCCUCAGACUUACAUCGGCAGUGUGGUGAUCUCCAUGAACCCCUACAGGUCCCUGCCCAUCUUCACCCCAGAUAAGGUGGAGGAGUAUCGCAACAGGAACUUCUACGAGCUGAGUCCACACAUGUAAGUCGGCCUCCACCCCGUGUUGAUGAAAACGGUCUCGACUAAAACAAAGAGCAGAUAUUUCUGACACCUGUGAAGAGUCUGCAGUUUUCCCUUUAUUAUCAGAGCAGCUAAAGAAAGUGGACAUGAACAGACUCAGAGUUUCUUCAGUCAGCUGUUAUUGAGGGUUUCUAACGUUUUCUCCUGCUGCUUUAAACAUCAUCAACUCCAAAAACAACCGUUCAUCUGCAGCUCUGACUCUGUGGUCUCCACCGUCACCACACUGUUGUUGUUCACCUCCAACAGAUAAUUAAAGUGAAGUUAGUUUUAACUGAAACUUUAAAGAUAUAUUUUUUUAAGGUCAGUCGUAACAAAUCAUGACUGUUUUUGAAGAAGGAUGAAAAAGACCCUCUGAGGGGGUCAUGAGUCAGUCAGUGUCAGCAGACCCCCUCAUGUUCGCCCCUGAGACCCUGACUCUGAUUUUGGGACAUUUCUGAAAUGUCCUCUUGGUUUAGGGCUGGAAUAUACAUCUGUCUGUUAAAAAAACUCUUAUGAGGACGAUCAUUUUGGACCGAGUCAUUAAGGAGGCUGAGAUCAGAGGGACACUGGCUCUUUGUCCCGAGUCAGUCUGCUGCUUUCUGCUGCCCAUUCAGCACAGCGGCACGCCAUCUGUCCUCUGGCAACAUUAAGUCAACAUUUCUGUGUGUCUGCCAGGAUAAAACAAAGCCUCACACUCGUCAAUUAGCCCGCUGUGUCCCCAGGCUGCAGCAGAACUCCUCAGAGAGACGAGUGAAAGAGCCGGAGCGCCCUCGUCCCCGCGCAGACACACUCCCUGCAGACAAACGCCACCUCCUUGGCUUUCCUCUCCAGCCAGCUGUACACGGCUGACAUGACGCCGUUUCAGGCGGUUUUAUCCCUUUUUUAUCCCUUUCUCCUCAGUUGGUUCUCUCUCCCCAGUGUCCGUGUGUUUCCUGGACCGCUGACGUGUUUUCUCACAGAUGAGCAACAGAAUUCAUUCAAGAUUUCGAAGGUUUUCUGAUUUACCGGUUGAAACAUGAUGAUGACCUACAAAAACAACCUUUCCAGUGAAACUUUGUCCUUGUUGUUGUUGGUUAAAAUCUGGAACAGAGCAGCAGCUGAAUAUUAACUUCACCGUGAAGUGGUGUAAAUGAUCAGAGACGAGUUUGAACAAAGAAAAUAAAAGAGCCGAAUGGAGAAACAUACGGCUGCUCAGAGCUGAAACUCAAAGCUCUCCGUUUGUAAAGUCCUCCACAUGCCGCCCAGUAAAACUCCAAGUUUUGUUGAAUUUGAGUCACACUCAGACCUCUGUCAGAGUUAUUUUAGAUUAAAUUCUUAAGGCACACGAUCAAAAACAGGCCGAGGAGUGAAAAACCCGUCUGUCCCCAUCUUGAUAGUAAAACUAAGAAAUCUGUUUUUUUUUUCCCCUCUUGACCUUCGUCCUCGUCCUCUGAAUGAAAACUAAUCAUCUUAGCAUCAGUCUUUAAGUAAAGGCAGUUAAUCCCUGUUUCAUAGGGGAGACUGUCAAAAGACUAAAACACCAGUUUUAGAGGCAGAUUGUUUGAACCUUCAACAUAAAUGGAUCUUAAUCCUCGUGUCGGACCAUCUGGACCAGGCUUUGUGGUUUAACAUUGAUCAUCCUCAUGUCAAACACACUCAGGUCUGUCUGAAGAAUCCUCACAUCCAUGGAGCUCCACGUCAACGAAAGAGUUCAUGUGAGCUCUCCAACACGACAGUCUGUUUUUACAGAGAAAUCAAACUGAUGAAAACUAUAAUGAAACUAAACUGAUGGAGCUUCUUUAAAAGGAUUUCAUUCAGUUUGUCCAUUUUUGUCAUUUUAAUUAUAUUUUUUUAAAACUCAGAAAUUACGUUAUAAAUUCAUUAGAAUCAUUUAAAUAAUGAAUCAAACCAGCGCAGUGUGAUAUCUGCAUUAUAAAUAUAUGGGCCGUUAUAUUGGAUCAUUAUCAGCCUCUGAAAAACUGUCAUUGACCUCUAACAGACAGUUUUGUAUGUAGUGAGAGACCGUUGAGACGUCCUCGCGCUGAAAGAUGUUUUUAUGGAUCAAACCUGUUUAUAAAUGAAAAAACCCACAAACCCACUGAAUAUUCCUGUCCAUGUUCACCUUUCCUGUUAGACCCAAAUAUUUGUUUCAUGAUUUAAUUUUAAUUUUAUUUGAUAUUUAAUUGAUUUAUUUGAAUUCACUGAUUUAUAGACUUUCACCUGUUUUAAAACACGUCUCUCAGUCUGUGUUAAACCAUGACGGGGUCAGAGAUACACUGACAUAUAUCAGCAGAACUGAGCCGUACACUCGGGUUCUGAAAACAACAUUUGAAUGUUGUAUUUUGAAUAUAUUUACUCUGACUGGUAUUCAAAUCAGAACAGCGAGUGUGCAUCACUACAGUUCAUUUAAAUACAUAAUCUCCCUGCUUUGUUUAACAUGAUCCUCCUCUAUAUUUGAGCUCCUGGCGUCCGUCACAUGAGAAGACCUGAAGUUUCACAGAAGAAGACCAAAAUAAUGGACCUGAAGUGUGCUGAUACAAACCGCAGAUUUCUUUACUUAAUAAUUAUAAUAAUAAUGAUAAUAAUGACAGCAGGGGGUCCUAGGAGUCUCUGAUCCUCAUUAGACACUUGAACAGUAUAAAACCUGAAUACAGGUCUCCCAGAGUCUUUAGUCCAGGACUCUGAAGUCUUGGGAACCCUCUGGAGCUGUUUUCACUCCUGUUGAUGGACCGUUGAUGACUUCUUAGUUCACAGGAGAGCAGAGAAGAGUCAGUGUUGGUGUUUAGUCCUAUUUGAACAUGAAGCUUUUGUCUUAAUUGAAUUUCUCGCCUCACUGUUACUGUUAAGCUAUUUAAAGGACAAAUAAGCAACUGACAACUGAGUAACGGUCCAACCCCUUAAAGCCCACACACACACACACACACACACACACACACACACACACACACACACACACACACACACACACACACACACACACACACACACACACACACACACACACGCUCCGCAAAUAACAUCAUGAAGCAACAUUCGCCACGAGUGUUCGGUUCUACAAGGACUGACAGAUAAAACAUCAUCAG